AUUUCUCAUUCACUUUCUCACUCUGAUCACUACCUACACCCAUCACUCAUGCCUCUAGAAUUCACUCACAGCUUUCUUAAAGAUUGAAAUUUUCAUUAUACUGGAGUCUGUUUCUAUAUUCAGUUUAUCUUUUUUGUCUUUCUUAUUACUGCAUUUCCCUUUCUGAUUUGUGGUUUCUUUCAGCUACAUUUUGCAGUGUUUUUUUGGAGGGUGUUUAUUUUAUUUUCGUGAAACAAGAUGGUGAAGAAGAAGAAGACAAGGACCGAGGAUACUGAGGACUGUUGUUUUAUUUGCAAGGAUGGAGGAUUAUUAAUGGUCUGUGACCAUGGGGGUUGCCGGAAAGCUUAUCAUCCUCAUUGCGUGGGUAAAGAUGCUUCCUUUUUGGAGAAUGGAAGUGAAUGGACUUGUAGUUCACAUGUUUGCUCUCUCUGCCAUAAAGUGUCCAAGAUUAAGUGCUUUUGCUGCCCAAAAGCUACUUGUGGGAAAUGCUUUUAUGAGGCUGACUUUGCUACUGUAAAAGCGACCAAAGGAUUUUGCCGUCACUGCUUAAAACUUGCUCUUCUAAUAGAAGAUGAUGCUGGUAUUGAUUCUGAUGGGGAAUUGGUAGAUUUCAAAGAUCAAGCGACAUAUGAAUUCUUAUUUUCAGAAUAUUAUAAAAGCAUCAAAGAAGAAGAAGGGCUGAAUUCUAAACAUGUACACUCUGCCCAUAGAUUUUUUAAGAAUGGCAAAAGCAAAUGUGACUUGGAUCCAGAUGAAAUAGGUGUAGAGGAAGAUGACACUGGCGAUUCUGAAGACGUGAGUAACUAUAUGGUUUCUGAUUGUGAUGACCUGUGUGACACAGCAGGAUCAAAGUCAAGGAGGACAAAUAAGGGUAUGGGAAAGUUAAAAUCAAUGAAAGGAAGUGGGAAAGAUAAGAAAAAAGAAUUUAUUGGAUGGGGUUCGAGAAGUCUCAUAGAAUUUCUUGAACAUAUAGACAAAGACACGAGCAAUGAACUUUCUGAACAUGAUGUCACUUCAAUCAUUAUUGAGUACUGCAGAGAAAAAAAUCUUUUUGACCCUAAGAAAAAGAGAAAGAUACAUUGCGAUGCACUGUUGAUAUCCUUACUGCGGAGGAAAUCAGUAAACAAAAACAGGAUAAACAAUCUUCUGGCGCCACACUUUGCUGAGAAUUGUCAAGAAAUGGAUGAUAUUAGUAGCAGUUCUGAAGAUAGGGAUUAUAAUGAACCAUCCAACUUGUCAAGAAAGAGAAAAUCGAUUUCAUGUACAAAAUCUCAUAAUGUGGACAUAGUUUCUGAAGGGCAUCAAAGCUGUUUUGCAGCCAUAGUUAGUUCGAACCUCAAGCUUGUCUACUUGAAGAGGAGUUUAGUGGAUGAACUUUCAAAGCAACCACAAACUUUUGAUGGCAAAGUGCUAGGAAGUUUUGUAAGAAUCAAAACUGAUCCGAAUGACUAUUUGCAGAAGAAUUCACAUCUGCUUGUGCAAGUUGUUGGAAUAAACAGAUCUUUAAACAAUGAUGAAAUCAACAAGGAAAUUAUGCUUCAACUUUCUAAUGUGCCGAAAAAUGUACCUAUCUCUAAAAUUUCAGAUGAUGACUUUUCUGAGGAGGAAUGUCGAGAUCUGUACCAGAGAAUGAGAAACGGUCUGCUCAAACAGCCUACCGUGCUGGAUCUUGAGCAGAAAGCUAGAAGUCUACAUGAAGAUAUAAUAAAGCAUUGGAUCCCAAGGAAGUUAGUAUUAUUACAAAACCUGAUUGAUCGGGCAAAUGAAAAGGGAUGGAGGAGAGAACUUUCUGAGUACUUAGAUGAAAAGGUGAAGCUUGAGACACAGUUCGAGCAAUCACGUUUGUUAAAUGACAUUCCAAAAGUAGUUCCUGAAAUAGUUGAUGCCACCCUAUCCCCGGACGGUUCCCCAAGAAGAGAUAAACUUGAGCAAAGCGGCUUGUCAGAAUUAGCCAGUGGACAGACUUGUAACUCUGUCGGACAGUAUUCCAAACACAUUGGUUUUGCUCAUUGCCUAAAUAAUACAACAGAUGCUGCAGGUCCAAAAUCUGCAGUGAAGGAAGACCAAGAGGGCACAACCUUUCCUGUUGCCAGUACUGCUUCCCAAGAUAAAGAUACUUCUCAAAAGAAUAUGCCUCAAUCUUCUACCUCAAAAGCAAGAAAUCUGUGUGCUACCUUGGAUGCUGAACAAACGAUAAAGGAGAAGCAAAGCAUUUCAGUUGCAAGUGUCAAGGAUACAUGUACCUCAGCUAUUCGAGUGGAAGACAUGGAAUUGACCAUUCCUACUACAGAUGUCAUCGUUUUAAGUGACGAUGAUGAACAAGAGGCAAAUGUUGGAGACAUUUCUAGCGCAAGAAAGGUGAAGGAGAAUCCUGAUAUUUCUAUUUGGCAUUGUGUAGGUUCCUAUGGUGAAACAGGAGGACCCUAUACAAUGACUGCACUCAAACUAUGGACUGAAACUUCUUCAAAACCCUUAGAAUUCAAGGUCUGGAAGACUGGCCAGAGUGCAGCAGAGGCAAUAUCACUCACUGAUGCCCUAAAACGAUUUUUCUAAGGCACGUAAGUAAACGGAAACGAAGGGAAAGUCACUUCCUUAAUCUUAAGUACAUAGACAGUGUUAAUAUAGAAUUAAGUACAUGGAAAGUUUUAACCAAACAGUUGCUUGGGUGGAAUGCUACCAAGUUAAUAGUACUUCCUAUGAUUUUGUUUUCUUUGGAUGUAAAUUUCACCUACAGAAUUGCAGCACAAAAUACGAUCUCA